AUGGCCAUGGACACGUACUUUGGAGAUGAGGGGGCUCAUGAGCUGGCCUCCCGUGUGGGCAGUUUCAUCCGCAACGGCAUCAUGAACCACAUCCCGUUUGACCCUGUUGACUUUCAGCACAUCAUGGCUGACCUUCCGGAUGAUGAGCAGCGCUUGGCGCACAUUUUUCUUGUGCACGCGACCGAGACGCUGACCAAGGGAGCAGAGGGACGGCCCCCCUGGGCACAGCAGCAACUGGAUGAUGUCAUCAAGUGGUACUUUGCGGUUAAGUCGAGUGGCAGGCAGGCAAAACGCAAGAAGUAUGACCAAGCUGCUGGGCAGCCGUCGGUUGUCUUCAGGGACAGAGUAGCGGUUGGGAUGAUGCUUGUGGGGUGCCAGGAUGCGGCUACUGACGAAACGGACAUCCAUGUCAACUACAAUUGCGCAAGUUCCCCUGCGCAAGGGCUGUGCCAGCCGCACCCUAACGCACGUUCCAGAGAACCUGGAAAGGACGGGUGGCGGGACGGAAUGGCCGCACAUGAACGGGGACUGGCCGUCGGCUUCGGAAAGAGUGAGGUCAUGAGAAGAGCAGAGAGCCAGUCCCAGGAGCGUGCGUCUGUGGAGCAAGGCCGCGCGCGCCACCAGAGUCGUACGAUCUCCGAGCGCCAUGAUCGUGCUCGCGAGCGUAGCCGAAGUGUGAGCCCCUGGGAAAGCGAGGAAGAGUAUAGGUGCAGCGACAGGCGCAGCCACCACCAUGUGCCGCAUUUCAGUCUAGAUCUGCGAGUGAGGGAAUCAGAUGACGACUCGCCGGAGCGACGCCGGAGUCUUUUACAGUCGCGGCAGCCGGGAGAGAAAAUACGACCGUCGCUGAGUGGGAGAGACAAAGCAGCCGUGGCAGCGGGAUGGCAGCAGCCUCGCAGGUUUGCAUCUUAG